AUGUCGUCGUCAUCGGACACCCAGCCGGUGCCCCUGGCCGGCCAGGUUCUCAAUGUCGUCUUGUCCCUGGCAGCCACUACCGCACUGUCACAUUUCAUGACGCAACGCAUAGUCGUCAUCAAAGUCUGGCGACGACUCCCCCUCGUUGUGUGGCUCGUCUUUGCCAUCUACGUCGACUCUUACUGCUUCGUCUUUGCCACGGCCAUGCUGCAGCACGCCUUUGGCGUCAAUCGCAACAUUGGCAUUUGUCGCGGCGCCAUUUUACUGUGUCUAGCAUGUUAUGUGACGACAAAGUUUAUCUACUUAUUCCUCGUCGAAAAAGCUCACGUUGUCCGGGGAUCUGCAAAGCGACGGCUGCAAUCCAAGUUGUACAUCUUCAACUCAUUCGGCAUGUUGGGAAUGUACACGGUGGUUGUUAUUCUCAAUUUUAUCUUUCGGAUCGCUCGGAUGGAGAACGGCCAGUGUAUCAUCGGCAUGCAGAGCAUCUCCAUGAUUCCGCUCAUUUCAUUUGAUGCCGUUGUCAAUGUAUACCUGACAGUGCUCUUUCUUAAACCAUUGAAAAACUUGCAUUCGUACAAGAAUAUGCCACAGACUCACGCCAAUGUCCGACUGCGAACGGUUGCCUUUCGAACCUUUGUUGGUUCGUGCUGCACACUGGUGAGCAGUAUCGUAAACCUCUCUGUCUUGAUGGCUCUUAACGGCGAGCCCGGUUGGGUAUGCCUCUUGUGCUGCAACUGCGACAUUUUGUUUUCCGCCAUUGUCAUACAAUGGGUAACGUCGAGAGAUAAUGCUGGAACGUCUAGCAAUAGCUCCUUGCGCGCCGCUUGCAACGGCAACGGAUGCGGUAGCGGCGCCCGACCUGCCGGUGCGACGCCGCCCGACCAGCACCGCGAGUGUCGCCUCGGUCACUCGCCAUGUCUCCUCGAUGCUGCCAGCGGCAGAGCGUCGUCAUCGCUGCCGGCAACGCCUGCCGAGUUCUCGCUCGCCGCCACGACGCGCUGCUGCUCCCACGGGCUUGACUACUACGACGCCGAGUCGUGCGACUCGAUGAGUAUCACGGCUGUCGCCGCCGCCAAGACGCUCACUACUGCCUCAGAACACACCAACAAGCGCCCGGCCGUCCUAGUGACGACGACGAUUGAGCGUGAGACGGCACCCCUUGGCUCCCAGCCGCCGCCGCAGCAACAGAGGAUGCCGCAUAGGUUGCUGGGUGCCCACCGCAGCUCGCAUGGCGACACAGAGGUCGCCGCCGCUGCCGUAGCGGCUGAAGCGGCCACUUCGACUCCUCCUCCUCCUCCUCUAGAGGAGCUGAGGCGUGGUAGCAGAAGCCUCGUGCCACCGCCGCCGCUGCCGUCAUGGGGGGCGACGACGCAGCUGGGACAUCACCGGUCGCCAUCGUGA